GAACCCGGAGCAGGGGAGCAGAGCGUGCUGUUUUUUUUUUUUUCUUACCCUUCCCCGCGCGGUGCGUGGGUCUGAGGGUCCGCGGAGGUGCGGAGCGCAGAGCCUGGUUCGGCCCGCCCGGCGCGCUGUGUGGCGGGAGCCCUCCUCCUUCUCUUGCAACUCCUGGAGGAGUGCAGCGGGCUGUGCCCGGCGUCGGGAAGUGAGCUCCUGAUCGCCUUCUCUCUAACGGUCGUCCCACACACACACUCCAGUCCCUCAUAGUUGGUCUUCGCGCCUCGGAGCGCCCCUCCUCACCCGGCCCCUCCCACUGGACCCCUGUUCCCGCUCUCGUCAGCACCGCGGCAUUCGCAGCCGGCUUCUUCCCUGGGGUCCCUGCUUGGGGGCGGAGAAGAUGGCUGGCGGACGUCUGCUGUUGGGGGGCGACUUCCUGUCGCCGCCGCCGCUGCCCCCCCUCCCGCCGCCGCCGCUGCCGCCCCUCCCGCCGCCCCCGCCCGAGCCAGUGCUGGAGCAGUGGCGCUAUAGCCACGAAAGCGACUGGCAGUGGGCUCUGCGGCGCAGCUUCAUCUGCCGGCACCUGCACAGCUAUCCCGGGGCUGCCCUCGACCAGCUCCUCGCACUUUCUGCUGCCUGGACCAACCACGUUUUCUUGGGCUGCAGGUACAGCCCACGCUUGAUGGAAAAAAUUCUCCAAAUGGCCGAAGGUAUUGAUAUUGGGGAGAUGCCUUCAUAUGAUCUGAUGCUGUCCAAAUCUUCCAAAGGUCAAAAACGCCACCUCUCAACGUGUGACGGUCAAAAUCCUCCUAAAAAGCAAGCCGGUUCAAAAUUCCAUGCGAGACCUCGUUUUGAGCCUGUACAUUUUGUAGCUAGUAGUUCAAAAGAUGAAAGACAGGAAGAUCCUUGUGGCCCUCAAACAAAAGAGGUAAAUGAACAAACACAUUUUGCCAGCAUGCCAAGAGACAUCUACCAAGAUUAUACUCAAGACUCUUUCAGUAUACAAGAUGGGAAUUCUCAGUAUUGUGAUUCGUCAGGAUUUAUUUUCACAAAAGACCAGCCUGUAACAGCCAACAUGUGUUUUGACAGUGGAAACCCUGCUCCAAGCAGCACAUCACAGCAGGCUAACUCUCAGUCAGCUCCCGAGCCUUCACCAUCACAGACAUUUCCUGAGUCAGUGGUAGCCGAGAAGCAGUAUUUUAUUGAAAAGUUAACUGCGACUAUCUGGAAGAACCUUUCUAAUCCAGAGAUGACUUCUGGAUCUGAUAAAAUUAAUUAUACAUAUAUGUUAACUCGUUGUAUUCAGGCCUGUAAGACAAAUCCUGAGUAUAUAUACACCCCUCUAAAAGAAAUCCCUCCUGCCGACAUCCCGAAAAAUAAAAAACUUCUAAUAGAUGGUUACGCUUGUGAAGUUAGGUGCCAAAAUAUCUACUUAACUACAGGUUAUGCUGGAAGCAAAAAUGGAUCCAGGGAUCGAGCUACUGAACUAGCUAUAAAACUCUUGCAGAAACGCAUUGAAGUUAGAGUUGUCCGACGGAAAUUCAAGCACACAAUUGGAGAGGACCUUGUGGUGUGUCAGAUUGGCAUGCCUUCUUAUGACUUUCCUCCAGCUCUGAAACCACCAGAAGAGCUGGUGGUGCUGGCUAAAGAUGCUUCUGGGCAGCCGAUAUUUAAUGCUUCUGCCAAACACUGGACCAAUUUUGUCCUAACGGAAAAUGCAAACGAUGCAAUUGGCAUCCUUAACAAUUCUGCCUCGUACAACAAGAUGUCAGUUGAAUACAAAUAUGAGAUGAUGCCAAAUCGCACAUGGCGUUGUCAGGUGUUUUUGCAAGAUCACUGCUUAGCCGAAGGUUAUGGAACCAAAAAAACAAGCAAGCAUGCAGCUGCUGAUGAGGCUUUGAAGAUUCUUCAAAAAACUCAACCCACUUACCCAUCUGUCAAAAGUUCACAAUGCCAAACAGGCUCUUCACCCAGGGGAUCUGGGAAGAAGAAAGACAUAAAGGAUCUCGUGGUUUAUGAGAAUUCUUCAAAUCCUGUGUGCACACUGAACGACACAGCUCAGUUUAACCGGAUGACAGUUGAAUACGUCUAUGAGAGAAUGACAGGCCUGCGGUGGAAAUGCAAGGUGAUUCUAGAGAGUGAAGUAAUUGCCGAAGCAGUUGGGGUGAAGAAAACUGUCAAGUAUGAAGCUGCUGGGGAAGCUGUGAAAACCCUCAAAAAGACCCAGCCGACUGUCAUUAACAACUUGAAGAAAGGAGCUGUUGAAGAUGUGAUUUCCAGAAAUGAAAUUCAGGGCCGCUCAGCAGAGGAGGCUUACAAACAACAAAUCAAAGAAGAUAACAUUGGAAAUCAGCUGCUGAGGAAGAUGGGUUGGACGGGGGGUGGGCUAGGUAAAUCUGGAGAGGGCAUCCGGGAGCCGAUCUCUGUCAAAGAACAGCAUAAGCGAGAAGGGCUCGGUCUUGAUGUAGAGAGAGUAAAUAAAAUUGCCAAGCGAGAUAUUGAACAGAUCAUCAGAAAUUAUGCCCGCUCCGAGAGCCACUCAGAUUUGACUUUCUCUACGGAGCUGACUAAUGAUGAGCGGAAGCAAAUACACCAGAUUGCCCAGAAAUACGGCCUGAAGAGUAAGUCUCACGGGGUGGGCCACGAUAGGUACCUGGUGGUAGGUAGAAAAAGGCGGAAGGAAGACCUACUCGAUCAGCUCAAACAGGAAGGCCAAGUGGGGCAUUAUGAGCUUGUAAUGCCUCAAGCAAAUUGAGCUCUUACUAAUUGAUUUUGUAAAUGCCUAAUGAGGCAGAUUUAUUAAUUAAACUGAAGAGAUAUGUUUUCUGGUUGCAGAGUAUAUUCCUUCUUAAGAUGUUUCACUUUGUUCAUUUCAUGUAGUGCUUUAUUGGAUAUCGGAACCUGGAGAAUUCUGUCCGCUUGUAUUAGCUUAAUCCAGAAGAUGAUACUGUGCAGUUACUGUUUGUGUCUUUGAUAUUGCUGUGGCCCUUGAAUUUUAGCAGUUUGUACAAGCAAGACCCCAUAUCCAAAUGGAAUUUUACUCUGAGAAAGAAGUUCUCAUUUUAAAGGGCAUAGCACAGCAAUCUGCAAACCAUAUGUAAAGUUGCUAUUGACUACAGUAAAACUAUAGUCUUACUGCCAGAACUGUGGAAGAUGUCAGAUCAUUUUGUAUUAUCUGUUUUCAUCUUUGUGUGAAGCUAGCUGUAGAAUGUUUAACAGUAAAUUGUGCUGUACAUGUAAAUGUCCUUACCAACUAAAUGAUGUAAAACUUUCUUAAAGUAAUUUUAGUGUUCAUUUAUUUAUAACUUCUGCCAUAUGAUUUCCAGAAUAUCGGGAGUGAUUUACUGUAUCUUGUGAUAUAUGGGUUUUAACAAAUUCUAGUCUUCAUGCUGAGAGAGCACUUCUUGAGAGAGCAAUUGAAAGGAUUCAAAAACGGUUUGAUUCAGUCCGAAGAAAGGAAGCUUGAACUGUUUGUUCUUGGUGCCUUGCAGAGAGACUCGCAGCAAGUCUCCAUUGUAGCUUUCCCAGGGUUUGGCUGUGCAGCACGUCCAAAGCAACCCAACCACAGCUGUGGUAGAGCUUGGUGGAAAAGACUGAAGGGGACAUUGGUGCUUUGAUGAAAAGGUCAGUUGGCUGGUCCCUCUCUCAAAAAGCUUAUUAAGCCUCAAAAGCCAACUUUGUAACAUAUUUAAAACUGCUAUUUUCGCUUAUUUCUGGAAUGUAAAAAAAAAUGUAUAAAAAGAAUUAGUGUAUGCUUCCAGAAUAAAAGGAGCCGGAGUUGAUCAAAAUGGUGGUGUGCUUAUUUCUAGGCAGCAACCUAGUAAGGACACUUUGGGUCUUUGGAGAAGGGAAGUAGUGCUUGCACAAAAUAUUUCAACACCAGAACACACGUGGAUGAACAUGACUUAGCAGACAGGAACAACUAGUCAGUCACUCAUUACAGGUUUCUUAUGGACCGACAUGCUGGCUACAGUCAAAUCUUAGGCUGUUCACUCCUACAUGAUUUUGUUUUUGUAUUGCAGAUAAAUCAAGUAUAACUUUACCUGUAACAGCACAGAUGAAUAUUGACAGUUAACCAUCUCCAGUGGGAUGCUGUUCAGAACGGUGUCUAAAACAUUGAGCACCACGCUUGACAAGUGAUUGGUCACAAUAAAGAGUAAUUUUCUUUUCCUCUCCUUAUUUAUACUUAAAAUUUAUAUAUUAACAUUAAUAUUUAAUUUGUAAACAUUGUAGCUAAGUCAGUAUUUUUUCAACGUAAGGGAUUAACUUCACAUCUGGAUGUCUGUAACUGGUAGUCACCUACAGUGACUAACCAUGUAUGCUAUUUGCUUUCCACUGCCUCAUUCUCCACGGUGUGUGGCCUUUUGUUAGGAAGAGACACAAAGUAUGCAUUUCAUUUUGGUCAACUUAAUAUUUCCAUAAUGACAUAGGGAACUAAGCUGAAGUCUUAAUAAAUUUUACAGGAGUUAAGUUUUUUUUCUUUUAACCUACAAGGUUCAUGCUAACCUUGAGAACCUACAGUUCAAUUAGUGAAUGAAAACAGCUUAGUCUUCAAUUCUCUGAGUAAGGGUGGCUUUAGGGAUUAAGGGACAUGAAACCUUCAGUCAUUUUUUUCUUUGUAUGUCUUUCCUCUCCAAAAUGAUUUUUUUUGGCAGGAUGGAGUAAGGAAAUUUAUAUAUAAUUCUGGUUUGGUUAGAUGAGUCCAACAGAAUAUUAAUGAAGUUAUAGUUAAGAAGGUUCUCAAAUAACUGUGCCAAGUAUAUACAGAUUUGGCUCCUGGGUUCAAGGGGUCGAGUUUCUUAACUUCUUAAGGUCAGCUUUGGGACUGGUGCAGAGUUAGGGCGAAGUCACGGAACUCUGCUUGGGAAUAAAUAUUUUGAGAAAUGGGGUUGACGAGAAUCAGCUGCUAACAACCUUGCUGUUACAUUUUGCCCCCUUACCAUUGGUUCCUGUAUUUCCUCUCUGCAAUAGCAGUCAUUUUUAACCCAGUAACCUUGCUAUAAAACCUAGAGGUGAAUGAGCAGUUUCAAGUUUUAAUUACUUAAAUACAUUGUAAUACUGAGGAACUAGCUCUGCUUUCAGUUAAAUAUAGCAUUAAGUCUCAGAGAUCUACUUUUCAGAUUUCUUUCCUCUCCUUUGAUUGCAAAAUGAAUGGAAAUCUCAUCCAUUCUGUUGGGAUUCUUUUUUUAGUAGUGUUACGAUGCACUGACUUCAGUAACCCCUGGAGCUGGAGAUGGGUCCUAAAUAAAGGACUCUAAUUACAACUUUGGUUCUUCAUCAAACCCCCUUCCUCACAUCAGCAGGUGUGGAAUUGAGGGCUCAAGUUCAAAUCUGCCUGCUAUUUGAAAAGGGACCUCUCAAAUCGAUUUUAAUUAACUUUGUUAUAAUUACAUGCAGGCAGCCUGUGGUGUUUGUAAAAAAAUAAAGGCAAAUUAGCAUUAAAUGUUCAAAUGGAUGGUUUGUGGUGUCUUUGACCGUGGGUAUGAUGCUUUUGAGAUGUCAGCUUGUUGGGUCUCUGUUGUAAGGUUUUAAAAGGAUUAGCCUGUGAAAUUGCUUGGGAAUAGUAUUUCUUAGGAGGUAUAUAAAAGAAAAAGGUAUUAUUAAAUCUGUCCACUCCCAAUCUCACCUUUAAUUUUUUUUGUAUGAUUAACAAUGUCAAAAUAUUUAGGAUACCUGGCCACCCCAAAACCAAACCCAGUGCCGUCGAGUUGAUUCCGACUCAUAGCGAGCCUAUAGGACAGAGUAGGACUGCCCGAUAGUUUCCAAGGAACGCCUGGCAGAUUUGAACUGCCAAACUCUUGGUUAGCAGCAGUAGCACUUAACCACUACGCCACCAGAGUUUCCUACCCGGCCACAGCAGGGUGAAAAAAUGAAUGUAAAACGAAUCCACCAAAUAAGGACCCAGUUGAUGUGGUUCUGCUUUGAAGCAAACAUGGAAUUGACCAAAAGGUAUUUUCUCCUAGGUGCAACAAACCAUGAACGUGUAUUCUGUAUAGACUGACGCCCCCCCAUUGAGGUUUAAGUACCAAGUCUUAAAGGAAGAGUGGGGUACAUGCACCAAUAAGGAUUUAGUUUAAUUUCAUUUAGCCCCUUAAACAAGUACCAAGAGAACCUGUGACAGUAUUCACAAAGUCACUGUUAAGAUGAGAAGGGCUGUUCCUCAGAAGGAAGUUUUGUUUGAACGAGGUGAUUAAGGAUACCUGUAUAUACUCCCAACCUUUACAUAGGCUUUAAAACACAUUUUGUAAUAGUUUGGUACUGUUUGCUUUUAAGCUAGGGCUUUUAAAGAGGUGGGAUGUCAGGAUCAAGUUAAAUCUUGGUAUCUCAAGGCUCUGGCAAAUAUCCAAGUUUAUCCCCCCCAUCACAAUUGUAUUCCCUUGAUUAACCAUAAUAUAUACUAAAGUGUUUAAAAGUUUUAUAUUCUGUUAAAAGGUUUAAAAGGAAGUGUUAACACUUACGACUGAACAGAAAAAAAAAAGGUUCUCUCCAUUGUAUUCUCUUUUCUACUCCCAGAAUCAACAUUUUUCUUUUAUUAUAAUGCUUAAGGGGGGAAAUAAGUAUUAUACCUUGACUACAAAAUUUUACGGUUAUUUUUAUUUACAAGUUUUGAAAAAUGUACAUUUUUUACAUGGGUUACUUGUGCAAAGUUAGAUUUAGAAGAGUGAUAAAUGCACAAAAGGUGACAAUGGAACGUUAGACAAAACAUUUACAAGCCUUGUCCCACACUGCUACUUAAAGGAACUGUAUAUCUGAAAGUAUAGUCAAAGAAAAAUUACAGAAUGCUAAAAGGGAAAAAAACUAAAGCAUGCAGCAGUAACUCAGGUUUUGAGUGGGAAAUAGUUUGCCAAGGAUAUGCUCCCUUCCUUGGAGUAAAUCAAACUGAAAAAAGAUGGAGAGUUUAUUUAUCUAGGACAGUACUGCUCCUUUAAAAAGGUUAAAGGAUCUCCAACUUUCCCUAGCUGAAAAACUAAUGAUUGUUCCCGUUCCUCGCUCCCACACCUCUUUACAAAGCAAAAACCCAGAAGACUUCAGUAUUCGGAAGCUUAUCAUGGGUAGUCCAGUCAAUCCUCACAAGGAGAGGAUGUGUCAGUUACUACAAUUGCUGCACUCCUUUGGCUGAGUCCUUUAGCAUUCUCCUUCCUACCAUCAAACUCAUAGUAGUUGGAUUUUAGUAUUAGGAUCUUUAGGCUCCAGUGCUCUUUUAAAAUGGGUUUAUAUGGAUUUGUUUCCAUAUUUUUUGUAGGCCAUAUUCCAAACACAUGCACUUCUAAAUCCAACAUAAGUGAAGGACCAGCCAGGAUGAAACACUUCAGCAAUCAUUUUGUUAAAAACAACAUCCUGGUUGUCAACCUAUGCAUAAGCACCACUUGUAUAACGAUUCACUUUAAAAGCUUAGUGUAAAGUACAGUAACACAACACUGCCCUAAGACUGGAGAUGAAAUACUACAGAAAAGGAAUGAAGCAUUUGUGAGUUUUGCAAGUAACCCAGGUACAGUACAUUUGAAUUCAUAGAGGGUGUUUUCUGAUGUUCAAGGAGAGGGUAGAAAGGAUAGGAAAAGCUUGGCAAGGGACGACAGAAACAGCACAACAGCUAUUUUUCUUUUAAUAAAGUAAAUGUAAUGACAGUGAGGCAUAGGAACAUGACGAACAUAUAUUUUCCUUAUGACCAUCUUCUUCUUUUGCUGCACCUGGGUCAACAAUCACGCCAGCUCUGUUCUACUAUUGCAGAAACACGCUUUUCAUAUUCCCGCUUGUUCUCCUGGUACAGCUGAGCGGCCUGGCUGUUUGCUGGACUAUUGGGAUUGGGUUCAUCCAAUAGAGACUAUAGAGACAAUUUUUUAAAUGUCAGUUCCUCAGUGCAAAAAAUAAAUCCGGAACAAACACAGCUAUUUUAUAAGGUAGUGAUACUCGGCGGAUGGCCCUAAGUGACAGCUGGGUUUGCUCUCUUUAUCAUAAAAAAAAAAAAUCUUUAUCAUAGGGUUACAUUAAUCUGCCAGGA